UACUUUACGCAAAGCGCAUUCUACACUUGCACAUAACGCAUUGUUGGAAAUGCACUUUGUUAACGCGUUUUUUAUAACCUCUGUUGUAUAGUUGUGGAUUUAAACAUGUCAAACUCAGCAAGAUGAGGUUACGAUAUUCGGUUUUGGUUCUCAUUUGCUUUUUGUGGGAUUUGCAAAUAAGUUCGGGGAUCGCGCCAACGAACAAAACCACGGAUUUUCAACAGGAGUACAGACCCGAGGGUCCGUUGGUACUGUGCAAAUUUCUGCCGAAAGAAUUUAUAGAAUGCCUAGAGCCGUUCGAUCAUAAAGGUAAUAAAACUGCCAAAGACGAAACUGGAUAUGGUUGUGUAAAGUUUGGAGGUUCCUGGUAUGAAAAAGUUGAAAAGACCAAAGUAUCCUGUACAGUAUUACCAGAUAUAGAAUGUUAUGGACCCAGAACAUUUGAUCGCAAAGGAGUUCCCUGCAUAAAGUACAGUGAUCAUUAUUUUGUUAGUACUUUACUAUACAGUAUAUUGUUAGGUUUCCUAGGUAUGGAUCGGUUUUGUUUAGGGCAAGCAGGUACUGCAGUAGGUAAAUUGUUCACAUUAGGUGGAAUAGGAGUAUGGUGGGUGGUUGAUGUAAUAUUAUUGGUAACAGAUUCUUUGCAACCUGAGGAUGGUAGCAAUUGGAAUCCCUACGUAUAGUAAACCCAAUACUAAUUUAAAGUAUAUCUCAGAAAUGUGAAAAGACCAUAUUUGUGUACUUUUUUUAUAUUAAUAUUCAAUAAUUUUGAACC